UUGUUACCAACAAACAAAAUCUCAUCAGUCAACAAACGCAGUUCAUUCUUACCAGGCAGCCAACCCAACAAGUAUUCUAGAUUUCUGUAAAUCAGAAUUAGGAAGAAAACUUAUUGUUCGGUGGAAAGAUGGAAGGCCUGAGGGAAUUCAGUUGUGAGAGUUGUAAGAUGCCGUUCCAUUCUGUUGGACUUCUAAAUAAACACGAGGCCAAAUUUUGCAUUGGCACAGACUUCAAAGAUCCAGUAGCUCUAUGGAGAGGACGGAUGGGACGCAUUGAAAUAGAGCAAGCAUCCAUGAAGACGAUGCGUUCCACAAGGGCAAGGACACCUGAUUCAAUCAUUGUAAGUAGCUUAAUUAUUAAAUCAUUUGGAACCUUGCAUUUGAACAUAUGUCGUGAUCAGAUGAACCAGCCGGUGGAUCAGAAAGAGAGUCCACCAGCUAAACCACGGGACGUCUUGUUAGAGAAUAAUACUUUAAGCAAACUCACCGAAGAGUUUCAAAAACUUAGGAUGUCAAUUGAAGAAAGCCUGACCACAAGACAAACAGAGGUCAGUUUCACUUCAUCCAACAUGUAUGCGAAACAGAGCUCAUUUCAGCAGAGAGGUGAUGAGGAGAAGGCUCUACAAUUGUCUAAGAUUCAUAAAAAGAGGUUGGCUGAGAUCAGGGCAUAUAACCAGCGACUGGAAAAGGAGAGAGAGGAGAUCGACCAGCGUCUUGCAGAGUUGGCAGGACGUGACAGAACGGCUCAUCUAGAGGAAGUGCUGCAUGAGCUGAGAUAUCAGGAACAGAAGAACGAGGAGGUCCUACAUCAGAUCAGCUCUCACAUCGACUCAAAUAAAGGACCCAGCCCAAGUGAGGUCCCUUCUAACUCACCAGUGGACAUAAAGACGCAACAUAUCAAUUUUGAUCUGAUCUCCUCUGUGGACGGUCCCCUGUCUGCCCAGAUCAGAGCUUUGCGUCUUGCAUACAUGCAGUCAGGGGGAUCGGAUCCAGAGUUCCUGGCCCACAUGCAUGACCUUCAGGCUGAGGCUCUGACACUGGAGCAGACAAAACCUAAAGCUGAUGGCAGGGCAAAAGGAAGAAGAAAGUCUCCUCACAGGUUGUUGGACCCCGAGCUUCUUGCUGUGGAGCAGGAGAACCAGAGACUUGAGGAGGAAAUCUUCAGAAUUCAGCUGGCCAGGGAGAGGCAGAAAGGUGGGCUCAAUGUUAUCCAGAAGGACCACAUUAAUCAUAUGUCUAGCCUUCAAGCUGAGAUCGCCUAUCUUAAAAGAGAAAUAGAGAAGGGCAGAGAGAGAAGGCCACCUCUUACUCCUCCCACAUCACCUCUUUUUCCUCACAAAAACACUGAAAUUAUAUUUGGACUGUUGGAAGGUUCUGGAAAUUUUUUUUUAUCAAUGCAGGAUGAAAGUUUUAAGCAGCCUUCACCAACGGGUCACUAUGUAAUUGAUCCAACGGAAACCUUUGGUCCUGCUCUGUAUGAUCCUGUGGCUGGCUUUGUGAUCUUCUAUGACGUGGUAAUAGGUAUGGAAGCCACUAUUAGAUCAGUGCGUUUGUUGGUGGGCUUAUAUUGUAAUGGCCAGAAGUUGGGACAGACCACCCCCAUGCCACCUGUGCAAUGCCUGCCAUCAACCAAGAGUCCUGGAAACUUUGCCAUACUGGCUGUCAAACAGCCUGUGACAACAAGAAUACAACCAUCUUCAAACCUCUCUUUGGUCGUGGAGAUCCAGGCUUCUGAAGGUCUUGAUUUGUACGGUCAUGAAAAUGGGGGGUUAGUGACUCGAGGCUGGGCUAAGCUCGAGCUUUUUGACCAGCACAACCAGGUUUACAGCGGUCAUUGGAGACUUCCAUUUCGAUCUCUACCAGUUCAAGUAUCUCUUAGCCCAGCUCAGCUCAAUUUUGUGCCUCAGAUUGGUGUAACAGAACUUUGCGUUCGGGUAGUAAAUGCUUGUGAGGAAGAUGUACAGACCAUAGCAAAGGUUGACCACAACACUAUCAGCCAAUACAAGUACCCACCCAUGGUGGUAUUAAAAACACCUUCAAUCCAAGCAACCCAUGAACCACAGCAAAAAUUACAACCCUCAUCCAAUCCAGUACCUUCAUCACUGCCACAGACAGAUAAUGUGGUUUCUCCUGCCAUGUCAAAUUAGAGCCUGGAAUUAUAAACAUUUGAUCAACUACUUUGGUUGCUUUUCAC